AUGGUGCUGCACCGGGACCUCAACACCAGCAUCGUCACAGCGUCUGUCGCCACAGUUCUCUUUGCUCUGGUCGUGGCGGUGUUUGCUGACAACACCACUGGAACGGACGUGCUUGCCACGGUGGCCGCGUAUGCUGCGGUGUUGGUCGUGUCUGUGGCCGAGGGUCUCCUGCAGGGCGUGUUCCUGACCUUGACUGGAGUUGCCAACAGGGCCACCAAGAUGCUUGAGGCCGGAUAA